CACACGUAGACAGGAAGAGGAAGUGAAGACCGCCUCGGUGGUAAAGUUUGUUAGCCAAGAAUAACCAUAACACAACUGUCUUCGCCUGACAACUAAGGCUUUUACCGUUAUGGGUACCGCAGCCACUAAAUUACAGAAGGAUCAGUUGUCGGAGUAUCAGGAGCUCACAUUCCUCACCAAACAAGAAAUUCUGCUGGCUCAUAAAAGAUUCAAUGAACUCCUGGACAGAAAUGAGAGGCAACAACUCAGUUCCCGGGUACCCAUGAAUAAAAUUUGUACUUUGCCCGAGCUCAAGUCCAAUCCCUUUCGAAAAAGGAUCUGCCAUGUAUUCUCCACCUCAGAGCUGAAGGAUGGGAGCUUGAGCUUUGAAGACUUCUUGGAUCUCUUGAGCGCCUUCAGUGAUUCAGCAACGCUGGAAAUCAAAUCGCACUAUGCUUUCAGAAUUUUCGAUUUUGAUGAUGAUGGGACACUUGAUUCUGGAGAUCUCGAGAAGUUGGUGAACUGUCUGACUGGGGAGUCCGCAGACACGAGACUCUCUCCUGAGGAAAUGAUUCAGCUCAUAAGCAAUAUUCUUGAGGAAUCAGACAUUGAUAAAGAUGGGACUGUAAACCUCUCUGAAUUCCAGCAUGUUAUCUCCAGGUCUCCAGAUUUUGUUAGUUCCUUCAAGAUUGUGCUGUGAAGAUAACUGAGAACCAAAGACUUUUUUUUUUACGCCCAGCUCAUUUUCAACACGCGUGCACUUUGCUCUUCCCCCAAAAGUACUACUGUAACAUUAACUGUGGUUGUUUUUUUCCGUAUCUGUAUUUCAACUGCCUUUGUAAUAGCAAAGAUUUUUAUUUUCUCUAUUCUUAUUAACUCUUGUUAACUCUUAUUAACUGUUUGUUUGGACAUGUAUUUGUAUAUUUGAUAAAUGCUUGUACGUUUCCUUUAUUUCUGCGUUGCUGAGUGCAUAACAAAGGUGAAAGGUCCUUAGGCAGGAGAUACAGUAGUAUAAGUUUGGGUCAGGGUGCGACCUGGUCCCUUGAAACUGCUGACACAAACGUGUUCCAUAAUCCACAGAUAACAUCUUCCACACUCAUUCUGCCAUCUGAGAAAAACUCCACAAUUUUUGGUUCAUCUGAACUGCAUCUUGAACCAUGACCCAACUGGCCAUAGAGACCUGUUUCAGAAGGAAAGUAAGAGCUCAUUAGAUCAGUCUACCAUAUUUAUUAAUCAUAACCUAGAAAGUAAAAUGUCUUACCCCAUCCCCAGGUGUAGAGAUCACCAGUGCCUAAAGAAAGCAAUACAUUUAAAUAAUUCCAACAUCAUCAGAAUAAAAAAAUAUAAACAACAGGACAGGGAUGUUGCAGAAUCUUACUUGUGAUGGCCGCUGUAUGACGGGAUCCACAGCUGACCUUGUUAAUUUCAGCCGCUUCUGAUACAUCCACCAGAGCCGGGAACGCCUGAAUUGAGAUGAACACAUCGCUGGUGCCCUCGUCUUCCUUUUUUCCCCCCUUCAGUUUGUCUUUCUCUAUACAGAAACAUGUAUAUAUCAAAAAGAGAAGAGUACAGCCUGGCAGAGUGAGAGAAAUAGAGAGAAUAAAAUGAGUUUUAAGCUUGA